CUCCUCACGUGGUUCGAGCACGUCAGCAUGCUGGUCAUCCUGCUGAACUGCGUCACCCUGGGCAUGUUCCAGCCCUGCGAGGACGUGGAGUGCCAGUCGGAGCGCUGCACCAUCCUGGAGGCAUUUGACGACUUCAUUUUCGCUUUCUUUGCGGUGGAGAUGGUCAUCAAGAUGGUGGCUCUGGGCAUCUUCGGGCAGAAGUGCUACCUUGGAGAUACGUGGAACCGCCUGGACUUCUUCAUCGUGAUGGCRGGCAUGAUGGAGUACUCGCUGGACGGCCACAACGUCAGCCUGUCGGCCAUCCGCACCGUCCGCGUCCUCAGGCCGCUGCGAGCCAUUAACAGGGUGCCAAGUAUGCGAAUACUCGUCACCCUGCUGUUAGAUACUCUGCCUAUGUUAGGCAACGUCCUCCUCUUGUGCUUCUUCGUCUUCUUCAUCUUUGGGAUCGUCGGCGUGCAGCUCUGGGCAGGGCUGCUGAGGAACAGGUGUUUCCUAGACAGGAACUUUGCCAUGACAUACAACCUUACCUUCCUGCAUCCGUACUACCGGACAGACGAAGCGGAGGAGAAUCCCUUCAUCUGCUCGUCCCAUCGUGAGAACGGCAUGCAGAAAUGCUCCAACAUCCCAAACAGGAAGGAGUACAAGGUGGAGUGCACCUUGAGCAUGGACUCCUACACUCCGAGUUUAUACAGCCCCGACUUCAGCAGCAGGAAUGCCUGCAUAAACUGGAACCAGUAUUACAAUGUAUGCAUGGCAGGGGAUGUAAACCCGCACAACGGAGCUAUCAAUUUUGAUAAUAUUGGCUACGCCUGGAUAGCUAUCUUUCAGGUUAUAACCCUGGAAGGAUGGGUUGACAUCAUGUAUUAUGUGAUGGAUGCACAUUCUUUUUACAAUUUUAUAUAUUUUAUAUUGCUUAUAAUAGUUGGUUCCUUCUUCAUGAUUAACUUGUGCCUGGUUGUGAUAGCAACACAGUUUUCUGAAACAAAGCAACGGGAGAACCAGCUGAUGCAGGAGCAGCGGGCCCGGUAUCUCUCCAAUGACAGCACAAUUGCCAGCUUCUCAGAGCCAGGUAGUUGCUACGAGGAGCUGCUCAAAUACAUCUGCCACAUCUUCAGGAAGGUGAAGCGGCGGACGAUACGCCUGUACAACAACUGGCAGAGCAAGCGCCGGAAAAAAGUGAACCCGAACAGCACCACGAAUGGGCAAAGCCGCCGGGGCAGGAAGCGCAUCACCUCCAUUCACCACCUCAUCCACCACCACCACCACCACCACCACCACUACCACAUCAGCAAUGGGAGCCCUCGGGGGCCGCGCUCCAACCCGGAGAUCUGUGACCUGGAACUCAAGGUCAUGAAACCCGGAGGCCAACUGAUGCUUCCCCCUCCAUCACCCAACCUGCAGAGCCCUGCUCCUCCUCCGGAUUCAGAGUCUGUGCACAGCAUUUAUCAUGCUGACUGUCACGUUGAAGGGCCACAGGUGAACUGUAAGUCUUCCAAUGCCCCUGCAAGCAUUAAAUUGACCACUGGACUCUCCAACCAUGGCAACAUGAACUAUCCUACCAUCCUGCCUUCUCCGACUAGCAAAGCCAGUUCUGUUCCAGUUCCCAAAGGAAAGAAGAAUGGUAAUUCACCUGUGGCCAUGGUUAAUAGCCCAGUAAAUCUGGGCACGGAUCCUUAUGGGAAGCUGCAACAACUGGUAGGAGAGCAUGGUCUGCGGCGGACGCCCAGCCGCCUGUCGGGGCUGAGCGUGGCCUGCCCGCUGCCCGGCCCCGCCGGCGCCACGCUGACCUGUGAGCUGCAGAACUGCCCCUUCUGCGCCACCAUCCUGGAGGACCCCGAGCUGGCCUUCAGCGAGUCUGACAGCUACGACUCGGACAGCAACAACGGCGUCUACGAGUUCACGCAGGACCUGCGGCACGGCGACCAGCGCGACCAGCUCCAGCAGCAGCAGCAGCAGCGGGGCCGCCGGAGGAAGAAGAAGAAGCCCAAGGAGAGGAACAGGGUCGCCCGGCUCUGGAAAGCUUUCGGCACCAAGCUGAAAAGGAUCGUGGAGAGCAAGUACUUCAACCGCGGGAUCAUGAUCGCCAUCCUGAUCAACACGCUGAGCAUGGGCAUCGAGUACCACGAGCAGCCAGAUGAGUUGACCAAUGCCCUGGAGAUCAGUAACAUUGUCUUCACCAGCAUGUUCGCCCUGGAGAUGCUCCUCAAGCUCCUUGCGUUUGGCCUCUUUGGCUACAUCAAGAACCCCUACAACAUCUUCGAUGGGAUUAUUGUUGUCAUCAGUGUCUGGGAGAUCAUCGGCCAGUCGGAUGGAGGCCUCUCUGUGCUGCGAACCUUUCGGCUGCUCAGGGUGCUGAAGCUGGUGCGCUUCAUGCCUGCUCUCCGUCGCCAGCUGGUGGUCCUCAUGAAGACUAUGGACAACGUGGCCACUUUCUGCAUGUUGCUCAUGCUCUUCAUCUUUAUCUUCAGCAUUCUCGGCAUGCAUCUUUUUGGAUGCAAGUUCAGCCUAAAAACUGAUACAGGAGACACAGUUCCAGACAGAAAGAAUUUUGAUUCCUUGCUUUGGGCCAUUGUGACAGUCUUCCAGAUCCUCACUCAAGAGGACUGGAAUGUGGUCCUCUACAAUGGGAUGGCCUCCACGUCCUCCUGGGCAGCKCUCUACUUCGUGGCCCUGAUGACCUUCGGCAAUUACGUGCUCUUCAACCUUCUCGUUGCCAUUCUGGUAGAAGGCUUCCAAGCAGAGGGUGAUGCCAAUAAGUCAGACACAGAUGAGGACAAGACAUCUGCCAACUUUGAUGAUGAUUUUGAGAAGUUGAAAGAUCUCCGAGCAACAGAGAUGAAGAUGUACUCGCUCGCCGUCACGCCAAACGGGCACUUGGAGGGCAGGGGCAGCAUGCCACCUCCUAUAAUCAUGCGCACCGCUGCCACCCCUAUGCCCACGCCGAAGUGCUCCCCACACAUGGAUUCGGUGCACGCUUUUGUGGACUCGAGGAGAGGGAGCAAUGCUUCACUAGACCCCGUGAGCUACGACCAGAAGUCCUUGUCUAGCCUCCGCAGCUCCCCUUGUGCCAACUGGGGGACCAGCAGCAACUGGGGCAGCCGACGCUCGAGCUGGAACAGCCUGGGCAGAGCCCCAAGCCUCAAAAAGAAGAACCAGUCGGGAGAAAGAGAGUCCUUGCUCUCAGGGGAGGGGAAAGGCAGCACAGACGACGAUUCUGAUGACGCCAAGUCCAGCACGGUGAGCAGGGCCUCGCUGCACCGCCGGGCAGAGUCCCUGGACUACCGCAGCGCCCUGGACCUGCCCGAGCUGCUGCAGCUGCCCGCCCUGCGCCACUCGCUCAGCAUCAGCCCCGUGGCCGUUGUGCCCGCCGAGUACCAGGACUGCAACGGCAAGAUGGUGCACGUGCCCAGCGAGUUCUUCCUGCGCAUCGACAGCCACAAGGAGGACGCGCCGGACUACGAGGACGACAUGGAGGACAGUUACUGCUACCGGAUUCGUAAAGUCUUAGAGCCCUACAAACCAGAGUGGUGCAAGAAUCAUGAAGAUUGGUCCCUCUACCUGUUUUCCCCACAAAAUCGGUUCCGGGUGAUGUGCCAGAAAGUCAUUGCCCACAAAAUGUUUGAUCAUGUAGUGCUGGUCUUCAUAUUUCUCAACUGCAUCACGAUAGCGCUGGAGCGACCAGAUAUAGACCCACAGAGCMUGGAAAGGAUAUUCCUAAGUGUUUCCAAUUACAUUUUCACUGCAAUCUUUGUGGCUGAAAUGAUGGUUAAGGUGGUAGCUCUUGGCUUCUUCUCUGGGGAGAACACCUAUCUCCAGAGCAGCUGGAAUGUCCUAGAUGGAGUCCUGGUCUUUGUAUCUAUCAUUGACAUUAUUGUCUCCAUGGCAUCGGCAGGCGGAGCAAAGAUCCUGGGUGUUCUUCGAGUGUUGAGACUUCUGCGGACCUUGAGACCUCUCCGAGUCAUCAGCAGAGCCCCAGGUCUGAAGCUGGUGGUGGAAACCUUGAUCUCCUCCUUGAGGCCUAUUGGGAAUAUCGUUCUCAUCUGCUGUGCUUUCUUCAUUAUCUUUGGGAUUUUAGGGGUGCAGCUUUUUAAAGGCAAAUUCUACUACUGUGAUGGUCCUGACGUGAAAAACAUCACUACGAAGACUGACUGCACUAAUGCGCGCUACAAAUGGGUUCGGAGGAAGUACAAUUUUGACAAUUUGGGACAGGCUCUCAUGUCCUUGUUUGUCCUCUCCUCCAAAGACGGCUGGGUGAACAUCAUGUACGAUGGUCUGGAUGCUGUGGGCAUUGACCAACAGCCCAUCCAGAACCAUAACCCUUGGAUGCUUCUCUACUUCAUCUCCUUCCUGCUCAUCGUCAGUUUCUUCGUGCUCAACAUGUUUGUGGGGGUGGUCGUGGAGAACUUCCACAAGUGCCGGCAGCACCAGGAGGCGGAGGAGGCCCGGCGGCGGGAGGAGAAGCGGCUGAGACGCUUGGAGAAAAAGCGCAGGAAAGCCCAGCGCAGACCCUACUACGCGGACUACUCCCCGGCGCGGAAGUACAUCCACAGCCUCUGCACCAGCCACUACCUGGACCUCUUCAUCACCUUCAUCAUCGGGGUCAACGUCAUCACUAUGUCAAUGGAGCACUACAACCAGCCCAAGUCCCUGGAUGAAGCUCUGAAGUACUGCAACUACGUGUUCACCAUCGUGUUUGUUUUCGAGGCCGUUCUGAAGCUGGUGGCGUUUGGUUUUCGGAGGUUCUUUAAGGACAGGUGGAAUCAGCUGGACUUGGCCAUYGUUCUUUUGUCAAUCGUGGGAAUCACGCUGGAGGAGAUUGAGAUGAAUGCUGCGCUGCCCAUCAAUCCCACCAUAAUCCGCAUCAUGCGCGUGCUGAGGAUAGCCAGAGUGCUGAAACUGCUUAAAAUGGCCACUGGGAUGCGAGCUCUCCUGGACACAGUGGUGCAGGCACUUCCCCAGGUAGGGAACCUUGGCCUUCUUUUUAUGCUCCUGUUUUUUAUCUAUGCUGCCCUGGGAGUGGAAUUGUUUGGCAAGCUAGACUGCAGUGAAGAGAAUCCUUGUGAAGGGCUGAGCCGGCACGCAACGUUCACCAACUUCGGCAUGGCCUUUCUCACCCUCUUCAGGGUGUCCACAGGGGACAACUGGAAUGGUAUCAUGAAGGACACUCUACGGGAAUGCACCCGGGAAGACAAGCACUGCCUCAGUUACUUGCCUGUCAUCUCUCCCGUCUACUUCGUCACCUUCGUCCUCAUUGCACAGUUUGUGCUGGUCAACGUGGUGGUGGCGGUGCUGAUGAAGCACUUGGAGGAGAGCAACAAGGAGGCGAAGGAGGAUGCUGAAAUGGAUGCUGAGAUUGAGCUGGAGAUGUCCAGAGGAUCGACCACUGCAGCUGGCAGCGGGAGCAGAGGAGGUGCCGUGGCCCUGGAGGGCAGGGCACCCUACAGAAGCCAGGAAGUCCUGAAAUCUGAGCCAGCGUUACAGCCAAAACACCAAGCCCUGGGCAGCGCGACCUGUCUGCGUCCCCACAACCCGCAGAACCUGCUGACGGUCCGCAAGAUCUCCGUUUCCCGCAUGCACUCCUUGCCCAACGACAGCUACAUGUUCCGCCCUGUGAUGCCAGCGAAAGCCCCUUUCCCCCUCCAUGAGGUGGAGAUGGAGACGUAUCCCUGCAAAGCCCAAAGAGGCUCCAUCACCUCCAUCCACUCGCAGCCCGCGGGCACCUGCUCCUCCCUGCGAGUCCCAACGGAGACCUUCCCGCUGGCRCGCUCUCCCAACCACGAAGGCCGCCCCCGCUGGAAGAUCCUUCCCCCGCACGUUGUCCCUCGCUCUCCUGCUCUCAACAAGCUGCUGUGCAGACAGGAGGCCGUCCGAAGGGACUCGGUGGACACGCAGCCGCCGGACACCAAGGACAAGCUGCAAGCGGAGCCCGGCGAGACGUCCCCGUGCCAGAGCUCCUUCCCCGCCAGCCCGCUGCAUCCCGCCUCCAUGCCGGGCUCCCCUCCGCGCUCGCCGCUCCGGCCCGCCGGCCUCUCCGCACGGAAAAUCCCACGUGGCGGCGGCACYGGGCGGCCGCCCAGCCCCGGCGGCAGCGAGGCCGAGGGCGGCCCCGCCGAGCCCUGCGACGCGGCCGACCAGGAGGUCAGUCACAUCAACAGCGCCGCCAAGGCCUGGGCCCAGCGCCCGGACGCCGGCGGCCGCUCCACGUCGCCCCUCGUCUCCCCGGCCCCGUCGCCCCUCCAGAACUGCAGCCCCCCGAGCCCGUGCGGCGGCGGCGGCAGGGAGAAGGACUUGAAGAAGUUCUACAGCAUCGACACCAAGGGCUUCCUGGCUAAGCCGAGCUGGGCGGACGAGCAGAGGCGACACUCCAUCGAGAUCUGCCCCUCCGGCGGCGACGGCUUCGCGGUGGCCGCCGAGGAGAAGCCGCGCCCGGCCGCCCACGCGCCGCCCGAGUCCGAGUACAUCCACGGCGCGCGGAGGAAGAAGAAGAUGAGCCCGCCCUGCAUCUCUAUAGAUCCUCCCAUGGAGGACGACGGCGGGGCGGCCUCGCGCUCCAAGGCCUCCGAGAACAGCACGCUGCGCCGAAGGACCCCGUCCUGCGAGCUCCCGGCCUUCCGGGAGCCCCCGGAGCCGGCCGAGGGCCAGCCCGCGGAGGCGGCCGCCAAGGCGGAGCGCCGCGGGCCUCACCUCACCGUGCCCAACUUCUCCUUCGAGCCGGCGGACGGCGCCGCCUCGGGCGGCCUCCCCGAGCCGGCCCCCGCGGACUCCGACCUCCCAAAGACUCCGCGGAGCCCCCCGGAGAAAAGCAAGGAGCUGCUGGGCCCGGCCAGGAGCCCCCUUCGGAAGCAGGACUCGGCCACGGGGGCCGUGGCGACAGAGGAGGCCGCGCCGGAGCCCGUAUAGCUCCGCGCGCCGGGAACACGGGGGUCUCAAGGGCUUGACACCAAACGCGGGGGUUGGAAAAUCCCAAGGGACCGCGCGGCUCCGUGGCCCCGCUCCCGGGUUUCU